AUGGCCACCGCUCCAAAGACUGACCAACGGGUACUCAAUGUCCUGGUCUAUGCAGGAGCGGGAGUAACACCCGAAUCAUCCCGCCAGUGCACCGAGUCCCUGAAGUGUCUGGUCGGAUCCAAUUAUGCUGUUUCUCAGAUCACAGCACACACCUUAAUCACCGAGCCCUGGCCGUCAACUUGUUCUCUGUUGGUGUUCCCUGGUGGCGCCGACCUCCCCUUCUGUCGCGACCUCAACGGCCCCGGCAACCGCGUCAUUAUCGACUACGUCCGCAAGGGAGGAGCUUACUUGGGCUUCUGUGCCGGGGGCUACUAUGGCAGCGCCGAAUGUUGCUUUGAGCUUGACGACCCAAAAUAUGAUGUCAAGGGCCCGAGAGAGCUGGCUUUCUUCCCAGGCACCUGCGGUGGUCCUGCCUUUAAGGGAUUUCACUACCACCGUGAAGUUGGCGCGAGGGCUGCCAAGAUCUCAGUGAGAAAAGAAGCAUUCUCCGGUGCCCAAGCGCCUCCUGAUGUCUUCAAAUCCUACUACAAUGGAGGCGGAGUCUUUAUCGACGCCGAUGAAAUGGAAUCGAACGGGGUCGAAAUCCUUGCCGAUUACGCAGAAGAUAUCGAUUUCCCGUCUGGUAAGACACAGGCCGCUGUGGUAUUCUGCAAGGUUGGCCAGGGCAGGGCCAUACUCACAGGACCACACCCAGAAUUCUCCGGCGCGUCUUUGAAGCCGCACGCUAGUAUCCCAGGUUAUGACAAGCUCAUAGAGGAGGUGACCGUGGACGAAAGUGCACGACUGGAAUUCCUGGCGGCAUGCCUCAGCAAGCUGGGGUUGUCACUCCCUUCCAAGGAAGCAUGGUCUGAUAUUCCCCGACCAACAACGAUGUGGAACAUCUAUUGCCAAAGGGGCCACUUUUUAUCCCUUGUAAACCGCCUCUCGGGGCAAAGUCAUGCGGUCCGAACUGAUGGGAGCAUCUGGCUUGAGAAUAAGUUUGGACUGGAUAUGUUCCAUCUCGAGUGGACUACUGACGGGUCAUGGUCAACGAACUACGACCCACCAAAGUUUGACAAACCUACUUACCGAAUCAAUGUUGGCUCCAAGGUAGCAGGCCAGGGGGUGGACGAGUCAGGAACACACUUUGACUACGACAUCUUCUUCGCCAGCCUGGAUGAAUUUAGAACGCUUGAAUCAAGGCGUGCGGUCAGCACAUGGAAGCAAGCUUUGAGGAAUUAUGACCCAUGGUUUCCGAAGCUGAGCUGGGGCAACCACUUGAUGUAUGGGGAAACUAUCACGAGUACCAAUACUUUGCUCUCAAGCAACCCCCACCUUGUUUCCAGACUAGAGUCCGGCUUCACCUUUACCGCCACUCGCCAGGUGGCGGGCCGUGGCCGGGGCACCAACGUCUGGGUCUCUCCUCCCGGCUGCUUGAUAAUGUCAACGGUCAUCAACCACGCAGCGAGCGUCAUGCCCACACGCCCGUUAGCCUUCGUCAAUUACCUGGCGGCGAUUGCUAUUGUCGAGGCGAUCAAGGGGUACGAUCACGCGAAUGAUGUUUACCAAAAGUUGGACGUCAAGAUCAAGUGGCCCAAUGACAUAUACGUGCGGGAUCCCAGCAAGCCCAACGAGCCAGCCUACGUUAAAGUUGGCGGCAUCCUCGCCCACUGUUCCUACAAUGCUCCGAAUUACCAGAUUAUCCUCGGCAUUGGCAUCAACACGAACAACGCGCAACCUACGACUAGUCUCGAUGCACUUCUCAACUGGACUGCUAGCUUACUAGGAGGAAGUGAUAAGACAUCUCCACCGCCAUUCCAGAUAGAGCGCCUGAUGGCCAGGAUUCUCACCUGCCUUGAGAUUCUCUACGACCACUUCCUGCGGAAGGGGUUCUCGGACGAGCUAGAAGCCUUGUACUACAAACACUGGCUGCACACCAAGCAGAUCGUCACCCUCGAAGAUGAAGACGGCGUCAAGGCCCGUGUGCUGGGCAUCACCAAGGACCAAGGCCUCCUGGUAGCCGAGGAGGUCAUGGAGGACGGCAUCGAACUGAACUCAUGGAAGGGAACGGGCACCCUGUUCCAGUUGCAGAGCGACGAGAACGGGUUCGACUACUGGAAGGGACUGAUCAAGAGGAAGGUCUAG